UAAAAGAAAGCGAACUUUGUUUACAUACGAAGGAGGGAAGACUUACGCUUCAUAUCAAAAUGAAAACUUCAACCCAAUGUUUGAAAUUCCCGACAAUGUUCCCACAAGAAUUACAGAUAUAUGUGGAUCUAAUUCUGAAUGUAUUUACGAUUAUCUAGUUACAAACAACGAACAAUUUGGUCAACUGUCAGCUAAUUCGUCAGUCAUCUUUGACGAUAUUUUAGGACUAACUGCUCCAGUCGUCACCUGUGGAUUUCCGUCUGAUACUAGUAAUGCGGAAUGGCAUGCUAAUGGAUACACAGAGGGUUCGAUUGCACUUUUAAAUUGUACUAAAGGAUAUUACCCAGUUGAUGUCAACAUUAAAUGUUUACCCUCUGGAAACUGGUCCAGUGUCAAAGUAUCUUGCAUUCCGUUUCCGGACUGUGGAGGACCUUCGCCAGUUGCAAAUGGACUUUGGGUGCCAAACGAAGGAACAAAUGGAAAACGAGCAACUCUCAGAUGUAAAAAUGGGGUUUACGGAGAAGAAAUUGAAAUUUCUUGUACAGAUAAUGGAACAUGGACAGAGUUUGUCGGUCUUUGUUUGCCAGCACAGACUUUAGCUUCAACGUCCGAUUCAAAAUCAGGGAUGUCAACUGCGACUGUUACAAUGACUUUAUCAACAAAAACACUAACAGGUGACGAAAUCGUACAAUCAAGCCCUAGGGUACAUACUUCAAUCAGAACACGAAGACAAAAUUCGACACAAAGAUCUUCACAACAAAACCUGUCGUCAACUCCAUCAUCUACAACUCCAUCAUCAGAAACUACAAGUCCAGGAACGGUUACACAAACAACUGCAGCAAUAACAUCCACUGUUCAUAACCAACAAGAAAUAUCUCAAACUUCAGCAUCAUCUUCUUUACAGACAACUUCAAAUAUGCCACAAUCUCAGUUUGUAUCAGUGGAAUCAACAUUAUCCCUUGAGAUCAAAUCCACGCAAGAUAGUGUCUUGGAAAAUGGGCAAACAUCUCAGGCAAUAGAUGGAUCCACGACCAGAAAAUUAUCAUCCACACUUAAAUCUUCAAAUACAAAUGAAUCCACUGAUACUGAUAAUUUUACAAUUGCAGUUUCUGUUACAAUUUCAGUUGUAUGUUUAGUAAUAGUUAUCACUGUGAUUGCAAUAGCAUUGGCAAAAAUAUCAAAAAAAAGAAAAGAGGGAUCAAAGCGCUAUGAAAUACGGAAAUCGUAUGAUGAAGACAGGUCUUCAACCAAUAGUGAUCCUUCAAGCUUGUAUAACGUUCAAAUAAGGCGACCUCUAUAUGGACAAAAAUGGCCGCAUCAACAGCCGAAUCAUUUGCACUGAAGAUGGCAGACAUAAGAUAAAUAUAUGGCAAGUUUACCGAACGUUAUAUGUCUACGAAUAACUUAAUAUCUCUUUACACUAAAGCAAAUGUAAAUAUUGUAUAUUGAAGGGGCAGGCAAUUUCUGUAACAGUUAUCACAAACUAGCCAAAACAUUUACUAAAUUUUUUCAUCGAUAGAAGGACAUAAUUCGUAAAUAUAAAUCGACAUGCAGUCAUCUUAUAAGUUCGGGUAUUUCACAUCCAAUCUUUUAUGGUAAUAUUCUAUACAAAGCACAAAAAUGUCGGCAUUCAUUUCAAAAGCUAACCAAACCUUUAAACAGACUUAUUCAGAAGGGAUAUAGUUACGAUACUUUUGUCAGGUAAUUAAAGAUGGCAUAUUUUUGUAUUAAUAUUAAUUCACUCAUAGGGUCUUUCCAUCGGAAAUAAACACAUUUAUUCUAAAACCAGUUGUUGGCAUGAUACGGGUUAUGUUCUUCUCAUACGUUUUAUGAUGGUAUAAUACUAAACCCCUAACGGGAGGGAUUGCGUUUGAUUUGAUUUUUCAUAUGAUGAAGAUAUAAUCUUUCGAUCAGUUUAAAUGAGGUCUGGAGCUGGCUUGUCAGUAACUGCUAGUAGCCCUUUGUUAAUUUAUGUAUCAUUGUCAUUGCUUAGUUUCUUUUGCUACCUAUUCUGACAUCGGACUCGGACUUAUUUUAAACUGAGUUUUACUAUGCGUAUUGCUGUGUGUUUGUUUAUUCUACAUUGCUAGAGGUAUAGGGGAGGGUUGAGAUCUCACAAAACAUGUUUAACGCAGUCGCAUUUUUGCGCCUGUCCCAAGUCAGGAACCUUUGUUAGUCUUGUAUGUUUUUUUUUAAUUUUAGUUCAUUUAUGUUUUAGAUAUUUUCACUGAACUAGUACACAUUUUUGUUUAGGGGCCAGCUGAAGCCCGCAUCCGGGUGCGGGAUUUUCUCGCUGUAUUAAAGACCCAUUGUGGCUUUCGGCUGUUUUCUUUUCAUUGGUCGGGUUGUUGUCUCUUUGACAUAUUCCCCAUUUCCAUGCUCAAUUUUAAUCAUUCAAUUAAAUAGUAAUUUAAUUAAGUUUCACACUAUGUAAAGUCAAACCUGUAUUAAGCAGUCGUUCUUGGGAAGUAUUAAAAGUAAUCGCUCAUAAAAAGGUCGGGAUCAGUGUAAUUGUCUUAGUGUUUUCAAUCCGUAGAGUUAUCGGCUGUAAAUUUGAAGAAAUAAUCAAAAUAUAUUAAUAUCCGUUGAGAAAUAAGUCGGUGAUAUGGUAACGGAAAGGAGUAGAACGAGGAAUUCACGAAUUCACAUCCUAUUGCACAAAAUAUCCGUUGCUAACGGUUGUUAAGCGUUAAAAUGAAGAUUUUGUGCUACGAAUAGGUGACCGCUGACUGCGUUAGACAGGGGAACGCUGAUUUUAGUUUAAUUAUAUAGAGAAAACAUUUAGAAUGGUUUACAAUUGACCGUAAGAGGCAGGUGACCGCUGAAACGAGUUGACCGUUUAGGCAGGUUUGACUGUAUAUAAUAAGCAUAU